AUGCGCUGUGUCCCUCGGACACAGCGGAUCACCGAUCACGGAAAGAGCCGAAGAUGUCGGCUCGGUCAUGUGAUCAGCUGUGUCCAAUCACAGCUGAUCACAUGGCACUGAUGAUCAGUGUAGCCCCAGCAGUGCCAGCUGUCAGUGUCCAUCAGUGCCACAUCAAUGCCACAUAUCAGUGCCUACCAGUGCACAUCAAUGCCACAUAUCAGUGCCCAUCUGAGCUGCCUUUCAGUGUCACCCAUCAGUGCCAGUCAGCGCCACCUAUCAAUGCCAAUCAGUGCCACCUAUCAGUGCUGCCAAUCAGUGCCACCUAUUAGUGCCAGUCAGUGCCGCCUAUCAGUGCCAUGUAUCAAUGCUGCCUUUCAGUGCCCAUCAGUGA